AUGUCAGACAACGGCUUAGUAACAUCUCAGAUUAAUAAAGUCAUGAAGGCGUUACAUCCAGGUUUGUCUAUUGAUACAAAACAACACGACAUAUUUAUACCUUAUUAUGUGGCUAAUGAUGUCAAUGAUUUAUUUAUAUGUUUAACAACACGUCAGUUAUUAUCUGCAUGUAAAUAUUCAUUCGUACUCACUAUUGACUGCACUUACAAAAUAACAACAAAUGAAUUACCAUUAUUAGUAUUUGGGACAUCUAAUUGUAAUCAUAGAUUUUAUCCAAUGGGUAUUUGUUUAAUAUCAACAGACCAAUCGGCUGAUACAUUUCGUACAUUAUUUCGUGGUAUUCAACAAUCAGCAGUUAAUAAUCAAGCCUACACAAUCUCACAUGUUGUGGCUGAUGGAUCACCUGGUUUAACAAGUGCCAUGUCGGAAAUUUCGUUAGCAAGACGUUUAAUGUACUGGUUUCAUAUGAUUCGUAAAUGUCGCGAACAUAGAAAACUAAUUAAAAAUAAAAAUAAAUGGUUAUUAGUCGAAAAAGAUAUUUUUAAUGCGCAAUUAAUAUUUGACGAUCAAAUACUUGCAAUAGUAACACGGUUUAUAAUGGGUAUCAUCGGUACCGUAUUGAUAUACGAAAGAGCCGUUUCUUUAGCACCAUCAACAAAUAAUGAACUAGAAUCACUUAAUGGUAGAAUUAAAAAAGAUUACACAUUAAGAAAUCGUCGUCCAUUAUCUGCAUUUUUGAAAACAGCUGAACGAAUGCUAAUCGAUUGGUCAACAGAUAGUGAAAAAAAGCCAUUUCAGUUACAUGCUACAUAUAAAAAUCAUUUAAAAUUAGCUGCAUACACAUGGUUACAGCAAGUGGAUGAAACCCAAAUAUUACAGGUGAAUCCAAAUGUUUAUGUAGUAUUAUCAAAAAAUGAAAACAUGAGUACAACAAUAUGGGUUCAACAAUUUUAUGCAGUGGCUUGGAGCAGUUAUGAUGAAUUUUCUAAUUGGCUCAAUUCAGCACGUUUAGUGAACUGUUCACGUCUACUACCACCAUUAUUUUGUACAUGUCAAACUAGUUUAAAAGAAUCUACUUGCGUACAUGCUUUAGGUUUAUUAAUGUUAUGGGGUAGUCAGUCAAUGCCACAAUUAAUUGGUAAAAGAAAAGGAAAAGGUAGACCAAAAAAAGUUAAAUUACCAUUAUCCAAAGAUUAG